GAUUUCGACUAUUUUUCUGUGAGAGAGCCCGUUUUUGUGAUUUUUCAUUCCUGCCAUCGGGUUCAUCCGUUGAUGGCUUUGUAGAUUAGAUACUAAGGAAACAGCUUGCCUUUCCCUGGCAUGUGCACUGUGGGUAAAGCACUAGGGGGGCAUUAGCUGUCUUAGCUCAGGUGAAUGACUUUACUGUCACAGUGUGGGGUACCUCAUCUAUUGUUCUGGAACAUGGGGAAUGGGAGCUGCCUGGUUGAUCCAGAGACCUUGUAAAGAGCACAUCAUGUCUUGGUCUCUUCUCUGAUACAGGAGGCCCUUUUACUGGAGCAGUUGGCCUUCACUUGGUACAGUGGCCUUCAUGAAUACAAACAAGUCCCUAUCUGCACAGGAGCUCCAGUAACGAACAGGGAUCCCAACUUAGCGUAUCAUACCUCUGGCUGAAACAGGUUAGAGGGUGCCUCACUCAGUACUGCAGCUUAUGGGCAUGGCCCGUCCACUGUCUUAUAGUGCAGCCUUUCAUUGUCAGGGGGCCUUAAGGAACAUGAGAGAUGUCCUGAUGUUCAGGGUCCUGUCCCUGUCAUUGUUCAGCACAUGAGCCACUGGCCAACUCAGGAUCCUUGCUAGUGUAGGAUUUCCUGUGUGGUGGCUGUGUCACCUGGCAAACACAGGGCCCCCAUACUGUAAUGGGGAUCCAACCAAUGGAAGAGCCUUCUAACUGGUAUUGGUGGCUGUGGCCUUGUCCCUGCUUGGGAAAUGGGCUCCCAUGCUGACAUGGGCCAGCUGUUUGAUAUGGGUGGCCUGUGACCAACAAACAGGCCAGCACUGUCCCAGUGCUUGCUUGAUUGAUGCAAGAUGUCAAAUGAUUCACAUCUUAGCGCACUAGCCCUCCAUGCAAGGGGUCAGCCCUUUGCACCAUGCAAUAAUCAGGCUCUUGAGUGUGGUUUCGGAAGAGCUUUGAGGUCCCCUUGGGACCUAGAGGUAGGGUACAUAUGCCCCCUGUACCCUGCCCCACAUACCUGUGUGCCUGUUUCUGUGCAAUGCCCCCUGGAUACAGCUAAAUUCUCCAACACUUGUGGCUCUCUUGUGCCAAAGCUCACACAUAGCCAUGCCAAAUUUAGGGUUACAUCAAACUCCUUUGGCAUAAGGUCAGGCAUGAAGGGCAAAACUGCAGUCAAAACCAGCCUGCUGUUUUACUGGAAAGCUUGCUUUACAGGGUAGCUUCUUUUGAUCAUUUCAAGUUUAGCAUAAAAGGGACUGCAGCAGACAUCUUUCAUGGACUUCUUAAAGCGGGCAUCUUAGGCUGUAAGUUGGGUCAUACAUCAAAACCUUAGCAGCACCACUGCAUCAAGAAUGACUCAAAGGGAGGAAACACAAGUACAGAUGGAAAGCCUGUCAAGGCCGGACUGGCGGGCCGUGUUCGACCGGUUCGACCUGGAUCACGACGGCGAAGUGCCGCUGCUGGAGUUCCGCCGCUACCUGUCGGACCCCCAGCUCCGCAGCCGCAUCCCCGACCACGUUCUGGACGAGAUUCUGGCCAGGGCCGACACCAACAUCGACGGCUCCCUCAGCUUCCAGGAGUUCCUGGACAUGGUGCAGAGCCAAGGUCUGGGCCCCGAGGGCGGCAGUCUGUUCCGCACCUUCCUUGUGAGGGCUGCCAACAGUGUGGUGCCCAAGUCGAAGCGCUCCCGUCGCUACCUGGACCAGUACUCCUGCUGCCCGCCCCCGGUCUUCAUGGUGCUGGUGUCCGUCGUGGAGCUCGUGCUGUUCAUCGUGGACGGCGUGCGCAUGGGCGGCGUGACGGCCAGCGGCCCGGUCGACACCGAGUCGGUGCUCAUCUACAGUUCGCGCCGCCGCGCCGAGGCGUGGCGUUUCCUCUCCUACAUGUUCGUCCAUGUCGGGUACGUGCACAUCACGACGAACCUGGUGGUGCAGCUGCUGGUGGGCCUGCCGCUGGAGCUGGUGCACCGCUGGUGGCGUGUGGCCAUCGUCUACCUCUGCGGCGUGCUGGCUGGCUCGCUGGGCACCUCCGUGUUUGACCCCAAGGUGUUCCUGGCCGGCGCCUCUGGCGGUGUGUACGCCAUUCUGGCGGCGCACCUGGCGGACCUCAUCAUGAACUGGGCCGAGAUGGAGCUGGCCAUCUUGCGCCUGAUUUUCCUGCUGGUGCUGGUCAGCACCGAUGUGGGCGUGGCCGUUUACGGCCGCUACAGCGGCGCCCCGGAGAGUACGGUGAGCUACACGGCGCACUUGGCUGGCGCGCUGGCUGGCGUUCUGAUCGGCAACGUUGUGCUGCGGAACCUGCGAGUGCACCGCUGGGAGCGGGUCGUCUGGUGGGCCUCGCUGGUCGCGUUUCUGGCGCUGGUGCUCUGCGCCGUGGUGGUCAACGUGGCCGCGCCUGAUGGCUUCUACCCGGAGCAGGAGAUCUAGCUCGGCGGCCGGCCGGCGCCCCAGUCUCUGCCGGGCUGGCCGCUUCGAGUGUCAUCAGCGGUGGGCGAGCGGUUUCCGGAGGAGGAAAGUCAACCUGUCCGAGCCUUUCCCAAACAAAGGGUACAAUGAAAUCGGGUCCGAGACUUUUCUCGCGUGUAAAUGCUCGAUAUAACAAGUAUUAGCAGGUGGGUUUCUUAACGUUUACACUUGUGCUUGGAUCCCAGAAACGGCCCAUAUUUGAGGGUUUAGCUCCGAGUUCCAGACCUUUUAGGAUCCCAGAUCCAUUUUAAAAUGUGGUUUUAAUUGUGUGAUUUAAAUCAAAUUGCAAAAAUCCUGGAUCCAUCAACUUAUGACAAAAAUCCUGGAAGCUAGCAUAGAAUCAUGCUAAGUGGUUGCUCUGGGCGCUCGUGGAGCGCAGUCGAGCCACGUAUCUUUAGCUUCAAUUGUCACAAGUAAUUUAAUGCGGAGACGGAGCGCGUGGCUAAAACGCAUGCUGGAUGUCGGCAUGCAGUGCACUGUUGUUAGCUUACGACAUCAGUCCUGAAGGCUCGGCUCAAAUAAGCUGUCCCGAACGCGACACAUCGCUACGUGGUGUGUGAUGUCCGAAGAAGGGCAAAUUUUUAUUGGUAACCGAGUGGUCCUGUAGGAUUCUCCCGGACCAAUUGUUACCUACGAGUCCGGAUCCAAUGAUAAGUAUGUUGGUGAACAGCCCUAUGCGUAAGAUGUCAUCAGGAUGCGUGACUCUUGAUUUGGAAAGGUCUAGAAUGUUUUCCAAACUGUAUUGAGAGGAGAUGUUUUCGGGGCCGAGCACAAUCCGAAACUUUUGCUGUGGGAUAUUCCAGGAUCCAAGAUCGCUUAUCAAAUUUUUUGUUGCGUCCGGAAUCUACUUUUUCAAGCCAUAGACUUCUAUGUUGGGCUCAUCCCGAACGGUCACCAUUAUUGUAUCGUGGUGGCCGUCUGUGGCGGCGCGUGGCUAAUGGAACUCGUGCCGGGUUGGGUCCCGGAGGCUUCGGCGAUCCAGUCGAGCCACAUAUCGCCAGUCUUAUUCGUGACAAAUCGCUUUAUACGGAGGCAGCUUGCCUGGCCAGGAGGCGCGCUACAUGUCGACAGACAGUGCACUGCUGUCAGCGGACACUGCACCGCCGUUGGCAGACAGGGUGCUGCUGUUUCCAGGCAGCCUGUACCUCCACUGGCAGACCGUGUGCUGCCAGCCCCAGAGGGUGUUGUUCCCAGACCUUGCGCGACCGUCCGCAGGCGGCACGCGGCCGUGCCGGGGCGCUUGGUGCACGCCGUCGGUUAGCGGAGCGCGCUGCGCGUGCACAUGCUUCAGACGUCUCUGCGUCAGAUUCGCCGCGACACGGAUCCAUAAAGAGCGCAUGCGAUUGCGGGCGGUUAUAUGUAUGAAAUGUUACUGAGGCCUUUUUAAACUUUAUCGGAGACUGAUGUACCCUGUGUGUAUGAGGCGUGUAGAGACGCUGUCCUGCUGUGUUCUAUGAUGCGCACUAUUCCUCUCUUCAGUUGUGUGUGCUUGUUGUGUUUCUGGAAUUAGCUGGAUAACAAAGGCAAAAUGGAUUUCGCAAGCCCAAUGCUCACCACGACGCCAAGCUUGCGCCGAGGCCAGAGGGCCAGCCGUGCUGCGUGUUUGUUAUUCGUCAUGUUAUGAACGGGCUAGGUCGUGGCGUGCUCGCUGUUUGGGCAGAUGUGUCGCGUCCCGUUUAGCUGGAGGUUGGAAGCGAGCACAACGUAUGGUUGUACAACUGCUAUGGUCGUCGAGGCGUGCAUUGGAGCUUGCCUUCCGCUCUGUGACUUCCGUGCCCACACCCGUGAUGUUGGAGCUUUCACAGCCUUCUUCGGAUCACUGUGACUGUUCAGCUCAGGCAUUUGCUACGUUCGUUCGCCGUUUUGUCGUGUGCUGAUUUACGGAGCUUCAUGCGAAUAUGGCAGUCAUCUUAUUUAAUCAUCGUAUGCUGUCGAAUCUGAACGCAAUUUUUACUAGCCUGGGUAGGCCCAAGCAGCGUGACGUGGCCAUAUGUGGCUCCUCAUCACUGACGCGAAUGCCACGUUGGGCACGAUCGACAGUGGCCCUCCGAUUGCUGGGAGGCUUACUGUGCAGUGCAGGACGGACCAGCAUUUUGUAAGGCUGGACCAUUUUAUACCGUAUUUUUACCACUAUGUGUUGCCUUGUUCGCUCGUGUCGCAUUGCAUCCGUGUUUGCAUUCGUACAGCUUGUGCCUUGACGGUAGCAUCGCACAUUGUCGCGGGUAUUCAAAUGAUUGGCUCUGAGUUGCUCGUUCGCAAAGGUGGCAAUGGUGAUGCGUGACACACUAUCUGGUGGAUGGCGUCUGUCGAACUCUCGCCGUUCGUGGUCGUUGUUGGGGGGGGGGGGGGUCACGUCACAUGUCUUGGCCUAUGGCUGUUUAUGCCUCUAAAGCGUUGUGAAGUUGAUCCGACAUGCAUUA